AUGGACAGUACCCGAUUCCCGGAUAUUUGCUGUUCUCUAAUAGCUCUUCAGGAGGGCUUCUGGCUACAUACUACUACGAUACUGAGUUCCGAUAAGAAGUAUUCCAGGUUAUCGAAAGGCCAAACCGAGGGCGACCUCGAGGUGCCGAUUGGUAAUACUGUUUCACGAAAGAUAACUAUACGGCUAUAUAUUAACAGCAAGCUGAUCGCGUCCGACGAGAGCGGAACUGGAACUAUCCUACGAGAGAUCAUACCGUACAGAUACACCGCCGAGAACAGUACCAAGCCUCCUCCUGGAGGGUCUGAAUUUCUCUUUAAACCUAGCUCUAAGUAUUAUGUUCGAAUCGAGUACCAAGUCCACCCCGAUUGGUAUAAAUCAAGUACUGCUGGUAUUUAUUUAAGAGUCCAGCUCUUCUGGAAUCUUAUCGAUCGAAAGGAUAGUAUUGGUCAGGCAAAGAGGGUGGUAUCUGAUGCUGACUUGAUUGUUCUUGCAGUCGGAGCUGCUUGGAACAGCGAUAGUGAGAAUAGCAAUCAUACUACCCUUGGCCUGUCGACUGGCCAGAAAAAACUUAUACAAGCUAUCUUUGUACUGGAGAAACCUGUCGUCCUCGUAUUAGAGGGCGGCCGACCUUUCGCCAUACUCGAGUUUUAUACACAAUCUGCUGCUGUUCUCAGCACUAUGGAUAUACUCGUCGGCGAAUUCAACCCCGGUGGCCGAGUAAUAAUAAGUGUUCCUUAUGAUGUUGGCUCUCUUCCUGCGUACUAUAAUCAGCGAACUACCAAACCUACGAGUCACAUACCUUACUACCUGGAUAUCCCUAAACCUGUACUGGUAUGGCUACGGCUUCCACUGCGCUUCUCUGUUCAAAAUCCCAUUCAAUUGAGGCUGGAGUAUUCAUUUGGAUAUGGCUUGUCAUAUACGACGUUUUCCCAGGACUUACAAAGUGCUAAGUCUAGUUUCAAAGACAGAAAAGAGGACAGAAAAAAGGAUACUUUCUCACAAGGUGAUACUAUCGCCUUUUCUGUGUCUGUCCACAAUACUGGCGCCGUUAAAGGAAGCCAUGUUCCGCAGAUCUACCUCCUAAGGCGCCAGGGAUUAUCCGUUACAACGCCCGACAAGCAGCUUGUCGCGUUUACUCGCCUCUAUAUCAAUACAGGGGAGACUGCUACUGUGACGCUGGAAUUGGAUAUUGACCGCUAUCUUCCUGUCAUUAAUCGCUCGUAUGAGCGCGUUUUGGAGAUAGGACAGUAUAUAUUUGCCCUGAUGGACGAUAGAUCACUUGAUACUCCGACAAUUGCAGAUAUUACGCUGAGU